ACACGACAAGUGAAGUGCAGUAUAAAUGCCCCGGAGGGUGGAUUUAUUGGCGUGUAACAGGGUGAGUAAGGUGAAAUCGGUGCCUCUGUGCUGAUUGUGCUCUCUCUCCUCCUGUUCCUUGGCCGUGUGAUCGUGCUCUGUGAUAAGUCUGGCUUUUAGGAGUGUGCCGCUCGGUCAGUCGUCGCUGUCGCUGCCGCUGCCGCCGCUGCUGCUGCUGCUGUCUGCGGGAGAGAUUAGAGAGAGACGUUAGUCCUUGCUUCAUGGAGAAUGAACUCACUUGUGGCUUGCUUCGGCGUGGCUUUAUAGCCCGGUUGAUAACGAGCAGCAGCUGUGACUGGGCGGCCGGUGAUGAGGGAGUGCAGGUGUUUCUGAUCUGUUUCCAGGGCGACGCUGAUGAGUAAUCGGGACGCUCGACACACACACAGAGAGAAACUCCCGGUGAAGUGACUGAGAUCCAUAAAGAUGGCGUUUAUUAAAGAGGAGAGUGAAGACAUCAGGAUUGCAGAGGUUUUCAGCUUGAAACAUGAAGAUACUGAGGAACAAACAGAGUUGAUUAAAGAAAAUGAGGACAAUGAAGAAUUGAGUGAAUUUGAGGGAAAAAAUCACUUCAAAACUGGAGAAAAACCUUUGAGAGUUCACACUGGAGAGAAACCAUACAAGUGUUCACAAUGUGACAAGAGAUUCAGUCAGUCAAGAGUCCUGAAAAGACACGAGAUAAUUCACACUGGAGAGAAACCUUACAAGUGUUCACAAUGUGACAAGAGAUUCAGUCAGUCAGGAGUCCUGAGAAGACACGAGAUAAUUCACACGGGAGAGAAACCGUACACAUGUGAUCAGUGCGGGAAGAGUUUUGCACAAACCGGAAACCUCACGGACCACAUGAGAGUUCAUACUGGAGUGAAACCGUUCACUUGUGAUCAGUGCGGGAAGAGUUUCACACGAUCAUCAACCCUUAAGUAUCACAUGAACAUCCACACUAGAGAGAAACUGUACACAUGUGAUCAAUGCGGGAAAACAUUUUUGAGAGCUUCAUACCUGAUGAAUCACCUGGGAGUUCAUACAAAGGAGAAGACUUCAUGUUAUUUGUGUGGAAAAAGUUUUUCACAUGUACAAAGUUUGAGAGAACAUCAGAAAAUACACACUGCUGUGAGAGAGUACAUGUGCUUUGAGUGUGAGAAGACUUUUACUUCAGCGAGCCGUUUAAAACAGCAUGAAAGGAUUCACACUGGAGAGAAACCUUACAAGUGUUCACACUGCGACCAGAGAUUCAGUCAGUCAGCAAAUCUGAAAACACAUGAGAGGAUUCACACUGGAGAGAAACCUUACAAGUGUUCACACUGUGACAAGAGAUUCAGUAAUUCAGGAAAUCUGAAAACACAUGAGAGGAUCCACUCUGGAGAGAAACCGUAUUACUGCACUGCAUGUGGGAAGUCAUUUACUGCUGAAUGUGUGAUUGUUCUUCACAUGAGAGUUCAUACUGGAGAGAAACCUUACAAGUGUUCACUCUGUGACAAGAGAUUCAGUAGCUUACGAGCCCUGAAAACACAUGAGAGGAUCCACACUGGAGAGAAACCGUACACAUGUGAUCAGUGCGGGAAGAGUUUCUCACAAAAAGGAAACCUUACAUUACACAUGAGAGUUCAUUCUGGAGAGAAACCAUUCACUUGUGAUCAAUGCGGGAAGAGUUUCUCACGAUCAUCAACCCUUAAGGAACACAUGAACAUCCACACUAGAGAGAAACUGUACACAUGUGAUCAAUGCGGCAAAACAUUUUUGUGGGCUUCAGCCCUGAAGAAACACCUGAGAGUUCAUACAAAGGAGAAGCCACAUUCAUGUCAUUUGUGUGGAAAGAGCUUUUCACGUCUACAACAUUUAAAAGUACAUCAGAAAAUACACACUGGUGUGAGAGAUUACAUGUGCUUUGAGUGUGAGAAGACUUUUACUACAGCGAGCCAUUUAAAACAGCAUGAGAUGAUUCACACUGGAGAGAAACCUUACAAGUGUUCACACUGUGACAAGAGAUUCAGUCGGUCAUCAAAUCUGAAAACACAUGAGAGGAUUCACACUGGAGAGAAACCGUAUCACUGCACUGCAUGUGGGAAGAGUUUCAGUGAUUCAUCUGCUCUACGCAGUCAUACAAAAAACAUUCACAGUAAGUAG